AGAUAUCGUCGCGCAUUCACACAUCGUGUAUCAACUUUGAAGUAGAUUUUGUUUCAUAGUUUUUGGAAUUUCCUUUAUAUUCAUUUUUUUCGUUAUAUAAGUUCACAAGUGUUGUUAUUUUAAUCGGUUGUGAUUUUCUAUUUCAUCCUGCAUCCAAGAGGAGGAAUGCCAAGUGACUGUCGAGACUGUUUGGGUAUUCGUUAUCGAAUUAACUCCCUGCAUCAAACUUGGAAGUGGCUGCAUCAGACAAUCGCUCUGCACGAAUAUCUGAUCUCCCUCUCUUCGGCUGAUACUGACGCCUGUUGCUGCAGAAAGCAUUAGAGAACUAAUCAAUUUUAAGUAUUUGGACUUUCUUUUGUUUAUAGUGCUAAGUAGAAUAAACAAUUCACGCUUAAUAAUUGUUACUAUAAAGUUCAUACAGAAAAGUUUCCGUUGAUAUAUAUAAAUCAUAAACAAGAUGGCUCAAUCAAUGAUGAAGAAAAUGGUAGUGAGUGGUGCUUGUGUUGUGGUGGGACUCACUAGAAGAACAAGUGCUCGUUGCCUGGCAACCACAGGUAUUAACCUCUCUACCAAAACCAAGGAACGUGAAUUACCGGCAGAGGGGGAGAUCACAAAGUCUGUAUUUAUGUCCCAAUCAACGGAUGUAUUUACUAAUUUGGCUCUAGAAGACUGGAUGUAUCGCAAUAUGGAUUUUACUAAACAUCAUGUGAUGAUGGUGUGGCGUAAUGAUCCUUGUGUUGUUAUCGGAAGGCACCAGAAUCCUUGGCUGGAAGCCAAUGUUCCUCUUCUGGCAGAAAAGGAUAUAGCUCUGGCCAGACGUAACAGUGGUGGUGGCACUGUAUACCAUGAUAGGGGAAACCUUAAUAUUACUUUUUUCACACCAGUUGAGAGGUACGACAGAAAAUAUAACCUGGAGCUCAUCAAGAGAGCACUGUUUAGAGGAUUUGGAAUCAAAUCUGUUAUCAAUGAACGCCAAGAUCUCCUUGUUAGAAAUAAAUACAAAAUUUCUGGAACAGCUUCAAGGCUGAGCCGGCUAACAGCAUAUCAUCACUGCACCUUACUAGUCAACGCUAAUAAAAACGAUCUCAAGGGUGCUUUGGCAAAAAGAGAGACGAACGCGACGCCCUCUACGCCGUCUCCAGUGGCCAAUUUGGUGGAGAUGGACAACCGGGUCACGGUGGACAGCUUGCAGACAGCAGUCGGAUACGAGUACCUGCGAACCCCAGCGCUCCAUUUAGAAGAUGGUGGUCAAAACACUAUCUCCAAGCAGCGUGGAUUCCAGUUCAUCAACCCCACCGAGGAAUGGUUCCCUGGUCUAGCACAAUUAAAGAGCGAACUCCAAGGCUGGGACUGGUGUUUCGGAAGAACUCCCGACUUCACAGUUAGUCGUACGUUCCCCGUGCCUGCGGAACUGCUCGCACCUUCCAAGGUCUAUUCAGGCACACAGGAGCUGGCUAUAAACAUGAGCGUGGUUAAAGGUCUUAUCGAUGACGUCACUCUUAACAUCCCACCUGGGUUCGUAGAAUCCGGAUUCCACGGCGAAGCUUCAGUGAUUACCCAUAUGAAGGGUAAAAGAUUCACGUCUGAAGCUCUAACCGCCCUUCAAGAGGCCAUGUUGACUCGUCACUUGUCCAGUGACGUUCGAAAGUUGGAUGAGAAAGAACAGUUUGUUGCGAAAUGUUUUGACCAAGUUGUAAAUACUAUUUAGGCAGUCUACUUAUCGGGUUCAUGAACGAUCAUCAGGUUCCUAAAGGUGUUGUUGUAGUUUGUCGAUCGGUAUAGAUAACUUUAAUACAUCGGUCGCUUGUAAAUUUUCUCUGUCUAUAAUUUAUUAUUAUUGCUAUAAAAAUAUUUUGUAUAUAAAAAUGGAUAGUUAAAAAAUAUUUAAUAGUAGAACUGUCUUAAGUAUUGUAUAUAACUUGUUCUAACUUUUUUAAUUUACUCUCUUUGGAGUAUAAAGGUGUUUUUUUUGUCGCUUGUAACCCUACCGCUUUACUGUGUUCUUAUUAGUUUAGUGUUAUUUUAAUUAACAUUGUACGCUUAGAGCCUAAUACAGCAUUCAAAAAGAACAACAUUGAUUUAACCAACUCAUUGACCUUUGCCUUAUUGUUUGGCAAUAUGAAAUUUAUUGCAUUGCAACUAAAUUACUUUUCCCGUGAAAGAUCAUCCACUGAAUGCAUUAUUAUGUUAUUAGUGUACAAUAUAAGCCCGCGAGUCGCACAUACGUGUCGAACGCUACAAGAAUGCAUCAUAUCAUUUGUUUUAAUUAAAUUUUAAUUUUCGUAACUGGAUUAAAUUACGUUAUUUAGCCAACAUUUUAUGUAGCAUAUACUUACUACUGUUAUAACAUAGUGAUGUAGACUUAUAACACGUGUACCAUUUCAUUAUAUUAAUUAGUUUUCACAAGAUCUGCCCUCAACGGGAACUUUUUUGUGUGAAAUGGGUUAAUUUUAUUGUUUUCAUAUUAUUUUUGUAGGUAGAUAAUUAAAUAUAAUGCUUGUCACAAUUUUGUCAUAAUAAUAUUAAUAGUAUUGGCAAUUUAAUAUUAUUUUAUCAUUUUUAAUUAUAAUAAUCAUACUAGAAUUAGAACAAGUACUGAAAUUAGUAAAUUUUUUUUUCUUAUACUUAUGUUAUUUUGAUGGCAAAGUAAGGGUCGUGUAUUGAUUAAUUUUAUUCGUGCAAUGUAAGAACUAUAUAAAAUAAAGUUACAUGACAUUU